CCUACCUUUGACAAGCUGCCCCAUUUGUGCCUCUCAUGGCAGACAACUCAGCCAAGCUGAGAAAGAGUGUGAGUUUCCAUGCGGAUGCAGAGGAGGAGGAGGAGCGAGAUGCCGCGGAUAUUGAUUCUGAUGUCUCGCCAAAGGACGAGGGCGAGCGCUCGGUUAAUUUCAUCACCACUUCUGCUGCGGUCUCCGAGAAUUCAGAGGAGCAGGUCGGCCGGAAACGCUCAGUGAGAAGCGGAAGCAGCGCCGACUCGUUUGAAACUCGUGGGACCCGGCUCUACAACCCGCCCACCUGGAUCAGAAGGAUGCUGACCAGCAAUGUGUUCUUGGCAGUCAAUGCAACAGUCAUCCUGCUGAACAUGAUUUGGACAGGCUUUUCUGCAGAUAGCAUCGUCCUCCAAGAACGGAGCAUCAUUCAGGACAUAUCGGUGUACUAUGCCAUCGAGAGUGUCUUCACAGGACUGUUUAUGCUUGAGCUUAUCAUUCGGUUGAUACACUACGCUCGCCUCACAAUUUGGCGGGACCCGUGGCUUUGUUUCGACAUUGUCAUCAUUGGGGCUCCUGCGGUGGAGCUGUGGAUCGUCCGUCCUUUCGGCUGGGAGCAGAACUUCACGGUGACCGUCAUGAACAUCUUCCGAGUCUUUCGGGUGACCCGAGGUGUUGCCAUGCUGGCCAACAUCAAGUGGCUUCGGCCCAUGUAUUUGGCCGCUGUUGGCUUCAAGCAUUCCUUGAGCUCUUUGAUGGCGGCGUUGGUCUACAUCGUCGCGUUGAUCUUUACAGCUGCGAUCAUGCUCAGCCACUUGCUGGGCCCCAGCAACCCCAAGUCCGUGGAGUUCCCGGAUGACAUCCGUGGCCGGUUUGGCACUGCUGGGCGUGCGUUCCUGACGGUGCUGGAGUGUGCUCUGGGCGGCGCUGAAUGGGGGCCUCAGCUCAUGGACAAGAUGCUCUUUCACCAGGACAUGCUGGGCGCAGGCAUCAUUCUUUUCGUUUUCCUCGUGUGCGCAAGCUUCGUCUGGCUCAACAUCACAGCAGGCAUCCUGGUGCAGCAGGUGGACCGGUCCUUCGAAAUGACGUCCGUGCGGAAAUUCAAGGAUCCGGAGCUUCAUGCGGCCACGCGAGGCUUGCUGCGCGACUUCGUGGCGAGCUUGAAGGAGGUUGACCGUCACGAGACCGGAUCGCUGAGCUGGCGGGACAUCUCUGCAGUGGUGACGCACCAUUUGGAUCUUCUGGAGGACGUGGGGAUCCGCUUGCCAGAAGCAAAGCGUAUCUUCCAAGAGUUGGACACACACACGACCGGCUAUGUGUCCAUCUCCUUGUUCACCAGCAGGUUGGAGGACAGCUUGAAAUAUAAGACUGUGGAAGUGCUGAUCUUUGAGAACCAACAGGGCAGGCUACUGCGGCUCAUGAAAAAGCUCGCCAAGGUCAACAAGAAGUACCUUGUGCAGGUCCUCCAGAAGCUGCAGCGAAUGUCCGAUGACUUGAUAGAGGUGCAAGGGGAUGACGCCAUGGAGACGGCAGUGUCUUCACGCAUCACCCAACAGAAGAAGCGGGUCACCGUGUCUGCGGCCAUGUCCCACACAAGUCUCCAGGUGGAUAUGGCGUCGCCGGAGAUGUCGCCACGGAACUCGCCCAGGGCUGCGGAAUGCAUGCCCACAAUCGGCAGGCGCAUCGUGGUGGAGUCCUGGAAGAAGGCUGUCGAGAAGGAAAGGCCUACCAUUGGCGCCUGGAUGGGCCCUCGUCUCACGAGGCUCUGAGGAGCGGUGCUCGGAGGCUUUGCCUGUGCAAAGUGUCCGAGGGCGCCUGUGCAAAGGAAUGCCGCGGGGGUUCGGUUGCCCCCCGCGAGCAAUGGCGGGCCACCCAUGUGUUCAGCCCAAGUCGAUGGAAGGAUUCAGCAUGUUGAAUAGCGAUGCCUGGAGAGGUUGGCCGGCUGUUGAAACUUUAUGGCCAGCAACCACGUGCAGAGCACAAAGUUGUGGACGCUUCAGGGGCUACGCCGCUGCGAUUGGCUCUGUGGGAAACCCAUGGGAGCAAAAAGGUGAGUGAGCUGGUGA